AUGCCUUUUCCAUAUCUGAACGCGGCGGGAAUUAGCGACGGCACUUGGUCAACCGGUGUGCCAUCGUUAAAUCCCAAUACGCUAUUUCCAUCUUCGGGUUUCAGUGCGGUCGGAAACGGAGAACAGCUUUUACCCGAUCAGAUGUUUAAUCACAAUGCAGGAGUUGCAGUUUCUACAAAUGCUUAUUUAAGCAGUUUGGGACACAAUUCCCAGGGAGCCCCGGCUUUGUAUUUCCCGGGAACAUCAACUGAUAUCUCGUGGGGAGAGCAAACACCAACUUCAGGUCCACCUUUGCUGCCGAAUUUUUACCAACCACCACCACCCCCUACUUCGGAACAUGGAACUUUAAAUCCAAUUGGGGUCGACAUAGACUCUCUGAAGGGAAAGGAGUUUGGUUCGACAGGCAAUGUGGAAAAUGCGUUAUCUAGUUUGGCUCUGGGUGUCAAUGACAAAGGAGUUGAGGGAUUGAAUGAUAAGAGCAAGUUGUCGUCUCAAGUGACUAGUGCAUCAAGUGUUAGUGCUUCAGAGACCAAACCAAAAUCUUGGGCUGCAAUUGCUAGUCAACCAGCCAAACCCAAACCAAAACUGCCUCCUCCAAAACCUAAACUUCCACCUCCUCCUACCUCUCAACAAGCUGUUUCAACAUCCAAAGUAGAAUCUGGAGCAUGGGGUAACGCUGUGAAAUCAGGGGCCACUAAGCCUGCCAUUGGUCGCGGCACAAGGCCACGACCUAAUGCAGCAGGAAGCAAUAUGUCUGGAAAUCCAGGACCUUCCAAUACACCUGUGACUCCAUCGGAGUCCGUGCCGAUUCUUGAAAGGCUGAAGGCUAAGAACUGCUACAAUCCAAGGGAAUUUAAUCUUGUUCAGAAAAAUGCUCGUUUCUUCAUCAUCAAAAGCUACAGUGAGGAUGAUAUUCAUCGGUCAAUCAAAUACAGUGUCUGGACAAGCACAGAACAUGGCAACAGGCGAUUGAAUGAGGCCUUUAAGGAGCAGCAGCGUGGCAGUGCUCCCACAUACCUGCUGUUCAGUGUCAAUGGCAGUGGACACUUCUGCGGAAUUGCAAUGAUGAUGUCUGAAGUUGAUUUGGAGAUUGAGACUGGAAUAUGGUCUCAAGACAAGUGGAAAGGCAAGUUUGAGGUGAAAUGGUGUUAUGUCAAGGACGUGCCUAACAAUGCGUUGCGUCACAUUCGUUUGGAAAAUAAUGAUAACAAACCUGUGACCAAUUCCCGUGAUACUCAGGAAGUGCCUCCCGAGAAGGGGAAACAGGUUUUGAAGAUCAUUCAUUCUUACAAGCACCAGACGUCUAUCUUUGAUGACUUUGGCCAUUAUGAGAAACGUCAGGAUGAGGAAUUCAAAAAGGUUAGAUUUUUUUAAGUACAUCUACCAUUAAAUGUAUUAAAUAAAACUAAAUUUUUGUUUUAUUAUUAGUAUUAAUUUUCUUUUGGGUUUUAUAUGUGAAGUAUGUAAGCUGUUAUUGCAACUAAGUGUUAAAGGGAAAGUGAAAGGUCUGGCCCCAGUUGUUCAAAAUGUGUCUAGCACUAUCUAGUGGAUAAUGCAGUCAUAUAGGUAUUAAUUUUUCCAAUACUUACCGUAUUUAUUUGAUUAACCGCCCUGGGCGUUUAUUAAAUUUUUGGACCUUGAGAGUGGGCACUUAUUCGAGGUGGGCGCUUAUCUAAGGCUGGGCGUUUAUUAAAUUUUCACCAUUUUCAGCAAUUAGUGAAGUAUUUUUACUUUGCAACAAAAUAGUAAAUGCCUGUAACAAAACGUGAAGAAGCAACAACGCAAGUUUUCUGUAAAAUACUCGGGGAACACUACGCCUUCGGGAAAGUCUCUUAUUAGUACUUAUUCAAUUUCAAUUUCAAUCUCAUUAUCACUCAAGUAGGUGGAGUGGGGAUGGGCGCUUAUUUGGGUUUGAUUGGGAGGGUUGGGGUGGGCUCUUAUUCGAGGCUGGGCGUUUAUUAACUUUUUCUGCCUUUAGGAAGGGUGUUAUUCGAGGUGGGCACUAAUUCGAGGUUGGGCGCUUAUUCGAAUAAAUACGGGUAUCCACUAGAUAAUGAUUUAUUGAACAACUGCAAAGCUGCUGCCUAAUGGGUAACUGGUUGCCAGAGGCUGCCUAAAAUUUGUGAUUCUUAUGGCAAUAGCCUUCUAUGCCUACUUCCAAUGAAGGAAUGACAGAAUUCCCUGCUCAUUUUGCACUUUUGAAAUGAAAACAUAAAACAUGUGUUCAUCGGCCGUAGGCGAAAAGCUUUUGCUGAUAAAAGGAACAAACAAGCACUUUUCUGGAAAUUUGAAACCCAAUGGGCUGCUAAAAAAUGUGGCUCGGGCUCCUAACUUUCUAUUUUAGGAGCUCAAAGGGCUCCCUAAACAUUUUCUUAGGCAGCAACCUUGAACUGGAGUCUGGUCAUAAUAUGUCUUUCGGUAAAUUAUCAAACAAAAUACUGCUUUACCAAAAAUAUUAAAUAUAUCUCAUGGUGUGGAAGAAACUCCAUGUAAUAGACAUUUCCACUGGAAAGUACCAGUGCAAUGUACAUGUAGGUAGAAAAAAGUACAUUUAGAACAUGCAUUAGUACCUGAAUGUACAUCUCAGUAGCUGUUGAAAUUUGAAUGGUCACUUUUCCAGUAGCUUAUAACUUUUACAUUUAUGUCAUUGAUAACACCAAAAUAUUUUAGUAUCAUUUUAAUGUAGCUUAAUGUAACUUAGGCAAAGUUAACCUGGACCAAAUGCUGGUCAGCAGUUUUCCCAACUAUGCUUGGGGCAGCCCGAUGGCCUUUGCAGGGGCACCUCAUGACCUGUUUGUACAUACUUGCUUGCAGUUCUUUGGAAAGUGUAUUUGCUAUGGCCUUGUUGCUUGCUUGCCAUUUUUGUGCUGUGUUUUACUCUUUUUCGAAGAAUGUGGUUUAGUUUUAUCUUUAGUUUAAAUUUUAGUUCUCUUUGUUUAUGUCUGCAAUGAGAUUGAAGAAAUUAAGUUUAAACCAAGAAGAAGAUUGGACCACAGAAUGCAUGUACAGUUUACAUAUAAAAUAAUUGUGUAAUACUUGAUUCGCUGCACGUGACCUCUAGCUUUUAGUUUUUGAAAACCUUUUUUUUUUCUCUGAGUGAGCAUCAUGUGCAAUAUUGUUAGAUUUUUUUUCUGGGUGAUCAUUAAUUUUUCCCUAGUACGUAAACGUUUUGGCUCUUCGCAGGACUCAAGAAAAAUCCCAGCGGCCUCCUGGGAUGAGUAGGUUUUCUUGCUGGGCAACUAACUCUAACAAAAUCAUUAACUACGACCAGUAAGUAGUUGCCCUGGGCAAGUAAAACAUGAGAGCUAAUUGCCCAAAUGACAAGCUGGAAUUCAAAGGGGUUUUCGAGCCCUGCAUCGAUAAGGAAGAAGUGAAAUGUGAAUUCUAUCAGCAUGUAUUUUAUUGGUAUGUUGUUGAAUUCCUAUGGAGUGAUCAUUCCAUGGAAGUUUUUUGGCAGUUCUGAUUGCAUGGUACAAUUUCUUUUCAGUAUUUUGCAAAAUGAAUUCUGUGAUUUAGUGUGUUUUGGAGGGUAAAAGUGCAAAUUUUAUCUGUAGUAGAAAUCAAAACAUGCAAUGAAAAGAGCAUUCAGACUAUGAAAGUUCAGCCUUACUUGAAUUUUGGAUCACAGUAUUAGAUAAUAAUUUUUAUAUGGUUGUUACUGUACAAAACCUCUUUGGCUCCUUGUCUUUGUAUUACCAGAGUUUUCACUAAGAUUUCAAGUUGCCGGGUAAAUACAACAAGUAGGCAGUGAAUCAAACUUCUAAGGAUUUUGGUUACAUGUGUGUUAUUUCUUCUAUUUUCCCAUGAAAGUAGCUAGAGAUAAGAUACUUUCAGCCGUCCGCUUUUUUCCCAGUCUCUCCCUCGUUCACUUCUUCACUGCUCGUUUGCUUUUUUUGUUUGUUUGCACUGACAGAGAGCCUCUGCUUAUCAGUUUACUGUUUCAGUAUGUAUUCACAUGAAAAAGUAAAGAACUAUUGAUUCAAGUUCUCUUUUAAACUUUUUGGACAGGGAGGCAAGAAAGUGGUUGGAGUCAAGGCACCCUAGAAGGCAGAAUCAGGGCUUAAACCAUAAAGCAAGUGAUAUCAUCCCUUAAACUUUGACUUUAUAUUAUUCACUGUAAGUUGGGUGAAGGAACCUGAAGGAUUUUGGUCAUUCAAGAAGCAAUGUGAUAUUCCUAUAAUGUUGGCAAUGGAUAGCAAGCGAACUGAUCAGAAUAGACUUAAAUGCUAACAGUCUUGGGCAAGCAACAUUUACCAACUGAAUGCAGUGUUUGGUUCAUGGUGCUGUAGUCACAAAAAUCUGUAGUUUUUUUUUUUUUAAUUAUUUUCCUUUCUAGAGUCUGAACUGAAUUUUGCCAGUAACUCUAACAUGCAGCUUCCUUGUAAUGUAAUUGUAGAAGGGUUCCCAUUCACAAUAAACAACUAUCAUAACAAUUGUGUUGAUGUUCAAUUUAUUGUAGGGAUCUUCAAUAGAUCCAAAAAAUGUAGAUACCGUUAAUGAUAUAAUAUUAUUGAUCCCCCCCCCUCCCUGCUCCAUGACAAUUACUCCAACAUUGCCAAUUAUUCAAAAGACAGGUGCGAGUCUGAUAAACUACAUGAAAGCCACAAAGUCAGAAAGAGGAAACCAGAUUUUAAAAAAUACUCGAAUGUGGUGUUGAUCGGGCCUAAAUUAUACAAGAUACAGCCAUUCAGAAGUUGCAAAUUCACUAUUACAAAUUAUGUAGACUUUUCGACAGUGUGGCUGGCAAUCUACAGCUGUAUACG